CUGGCGUCCCCCCGGCCGCAGCUUCGGGAUCCCGGCGCUGACCGCCGCCCCUGACCCUCGAGGCUCCCCUUGCUGGCCUGCCUCCUCCCAGCCUCCGGCCUCGACGCAAGGGUGUGGACCUAGCCUGCCCCUCUAGGAGGGAGGGCGGUCCUGGAGUGGCGCUGGCCUCCGAGGACCUUCUUGGUGUGCGGCGGGACUGGGGUGCGCUCGGCCCCGCCGCUGGCCAUGGCCUUCACUUUCGCUGCUUUCUGCUACAUGCUGUCCCUGGUGCUGUGCGCCGCGCUCAUCUUCUUCGCCAUCUGGCAUAUCAUUGCCUUCGAUGAGUUACGGACGGAUUUUAAGAGCCCCAUAGACCAGUGUAACCCCGUUCAUGCGAGGGAACGGCUGAGGAACAUCGAGCGCAUCUGCUUCCUCCUGAGAAAGCUGGUGCUUCCGGAAUAUUCCAUCCACAGCCUCUUCUGCAUCAUGUUCCUGUGUGCUCAGGAGUGGCUCACCCUGGGGCUGAACAUCCCUCUACUUUUCUAUCACUUCUGGCGGUACUUCCACUGUCCGGCUGACAGCUCAGAGCUUGCCUAUGACCCACCGGCGGUCAUGAAUGCGGACACCUUGAGCUACUGUCAGAAGGAGGCCUGGUGUAAAUUGGCAUUCUAUCUGCUGUCCUUCUUCUACUACCUUUAUUGCAUGAUCUACACACUAGUGAGCUCUUAACUCAGACCACGCACGUCCUCCAAGGCUGAGUUCAUGGGUGCCAGGCCCAGAUGGGGACGCGUGAGAGACAACUGUGGACUGUGGGCUCCUGCAGCAGCGGUGGGCCAAGCUUACAGAGCGCAGGGAUCACUGCCUAGCCUGUGCUCGGGUCGCAAUCCCUUCUGGGCCAUGGGACCUCUCCUGGGCAAGGACUGCCGCCUCCUGAGUGCACACCCCUCUCCGACAGCUCCGUGCCAUGCAACAGAGCCCCAAGACCACGGGAGGGGCAGCUGGCAGGCUGCAUGGGGCCUGCCCAGAACAGAAUGACCCAGGAUCCAGGCCGAGUGUGUGGGACCCGCUGAGCCUUGAGGGUAUCGUGGGCUGUCUGAGCCUCUUGUGUUUCUU